AUCUUGAUUAUUUUGUGGUCAAAUGCGCUGUCAUCAGUCAACUGUCAUUUCUCAAUAUUGUACAUAUUUUAUCAUCAUUCUAUAAAUUCUAUCUAAUAUAAUGUAACUUGACGUGAUCAUUUAAUUUAUUUUGUUAUAAUAAAUGAAACACAUUAUUUGUACUUGGUCUAAGUUACAAUCGAAAAGUGAAAAUUACAGUUUCUUAUUAUCCAGGUCACAAACAUGAGCACAGUCGAUCGAAGAAUAGGAAAUAAUAGAAACCAAAAUGUUCAAGGGCCAAACACCAUUGCAAAAGCACCUCCAAAUAAUUUAUCAACAUCUAAAGCUUUAUUUGUAGUCAUAAUAAUAUUUAUAUCCUCACUAUGUACAUUAGGACUCAUUUAUAGGCAAUUUCCAGAAUUAGAAGAACAUGAAAAGCAACAUAUAAAAUUACCAUGGGACUUGGAAGAUGCGAAGCAGUUAGGUCUAGUACUAGACCGAUAUAAAGACAGAUACUUCACUGAAGUGAUGUUUGGUGUAUUUUUAGUAUAUAUUUUUUUGCAAACAUUUGCAAUACCUGGGUCAAUUUUUUUAAGUAUACUUUCAGGGUUUUUAUUUCCAUUUUAUUUAGCUUUACUUUUAGUAUGUUGUUGUUCAGCUAUUGGAGCCAGUUUAUGUUUCUUUUUGUCAAAUCUCCUGGGGAAGAAGCUUGUCAAGAAAUUUUUCCCAGAGAAAGCUGCCCAGUGGUCUAUGGUUGUAGAAAAGCACAAAAACAAUUUACUCAACUAUAUAAUAUUUUUAAGGGUUACACCAUUUUUACCAAAUUGGUUUAUUAACAUGACAGCUCCUGUAAUUGGUGUGCCUUUAGUGCCAUUCGCAUUAGGAACAUUUAUAGGUGUAGCUCCACCAUCCUUUGUAGCGAUACAGGCUGGUCAAACUUUACAUACACUGACAUCAACAAGGGAUGCAUGGUCGUGGACAUCUGUCACAGUUCUCAGUAUUUUUGCUUUAAUCUCACUGGUGCCAGUAUUGAUGAAGGAGAAGUUAAGAAAAAAAUUUGAUUGAAGCAACAGAUUUAGUUCAUUUUUAGCAAAUUUAUUUAUGGCAUUUCAUAUUAAUAUAAUAUGUUAAUAAAUUGGUGUUUUGUACAUUCCAAUUAUUAGUAUUAUAUUGUUGAUGUCAACAGUAAGAUCCAACAUGUGCAA